AUGAGGACCUUCUUGAAACUCUCCUUGCUCCUCGUAGGCCUGCUGUCAAUGGACGCUGCGCCCGUCAACGGCACCGAUACUAAACUCGUGCCUCUCGCAAGCGAAGCCGAUCUUGCCGCCUUCUACUUCAAGGGUUGUGUCCCAGGAACUACCAAGAUUACUCCAUUGGAAGGCGGCGCCACCGAGUAUUCGUGCACCAAGGAGAAGGGAAGAAGAAACGGAUCCGGCAAGCACAAAUUCGGGACCAACUUGAUUGUGUACACACGCAACGGAGGCAUCAACGUCAGUCUUGGCGGAAAUGGCGGUGGCUUGCCCACUCCUUCAGGUCAUUGA